AUGAAACCUCUUUUAAGAAAGAUGUCUCGUGAUGAUACAUCGUCGAGACCAAUCGAUCUCUCACGAUCCUCUUUUGACCAGAAAGGAUUAGGAAUUUACACAAACUUGGAAAGGGAAGACCGUCUAAAUGAUCCGUUUACCAUUUACACUUUCCAAAGGCCGGCACCUGGACUGCAUAAUCGAUCUACAAGCGGGACCUCUCAGCCCUCUGCAGUGAGCAGUUCAGACACGAGCAAGCCAGGCUCACAAUGCAUCCAUCCAAUGCGCCAGGCACCUCGCUCAUAUACACCGCCAUUAGGGCAGUCAUAUCAAACAUCAAUAAUCGAAAGCGAUGACUCUGGUAAUGGAGACUUGGCUGAGGGAGAGACUCCGGUUCAGUCGAUCUCGGGCACUUAUCAACCAUUUGUGCGAGCACCCUCGGGGCAGAAACCCCGAUUGUCCCUGCAGACUCAUGACAAUUCGUUUACAAAGUUGCCCGGGAUUUCGCAGACGAACGUAACUGGUCGGUCCUCGUUCGGUUAUUCCAGAGAUAAUGGUAGCAAUAUCGACCCAACAUCUCCCAUGUCUAGGUCAUCCUUGGAUUUUGUGUUUCGAUCCAAGACACGGAACAGUAUGGAUCCAAUAUCUCGAGCAGCUACUGUACAGGCAGCACGCCAGGCUUUCGAGGAGAAGGAAGCGGCCAAGACGCAGAAGUUGGAAAAGCAACAGUUUAAAGCGGAAGAGAAGCAAAUGCGACGAAAGGAGAAGCACUAUCACUGGCGGUCAUCUUUGAAAGAUGACGAAAUGCCGGAACCGGUCUCAGAAAAGGAGUUUUCUGAAAGAUCAUAUACACCUGAGCUGCCUAGGCACUCUCCUGCCACAUCACAACCAUCUGGGCCACAAUCAGGCUCGUGGAAAUCACAACCUAAAAAUACCUGGAUGCUCUUUAUAACGUGGCUACGAACCAGAGUCUUCAAAUUGCGGAGGAAGUUACCAAAUCUCGGUUGA